GAAGUUUUUGUAUGGGAGAUUGAAUCGUCGCUUGGCCCCCGCUUCUUCCUUCGUCGAGGAAUGCAUUACCGAGAUCAUGUUUUUAGAGAGAGAAAGAGAGUGAAGAGAGAGAGUGAGAGACGUGCCCCUGUAAGACCGCAAUUGCGUCCGCACUAGAAGAAUGGAGAGCCGGAAGAAGAACCUUCAAUGUAUAGCAUGAGUCAGGGCUUAAUUCUGCCUACUGAAUCGAGAUUCUGCUUGCUUGGCGGCCAUGUUUGAGGCACAUGUUCUGCAUUUGCUUCGAAGAUAUUUGGGGGAAUAUGUUCAGGGACUCUCGGCUGAAGCCCUGAGGAUCAGUGUCUGGAAAGGCGAUGUAGUUCUUAAAGACUUACAGUUGAAGGCUGAAGCGCUUAAUUCACUCAAGUUGCCUGUAACUAUUAAGGCUGGCUUUAUUGGUACCAUAACGUUACAGGUCCCUUGGAAGAGUCUAGGCAAAGAGCCAGUGAUUGUUCUUGUCGAUCGAAUAUUUGCUCUUGCUCAUCCUGCAGUGGAUGGACGGACUCUUUCGGAGGUUGAUAUAGAGAAGAUUUUUCAAGCCAAACUUCGACAAACUGAGGAAACAGAGUUGGCGAUUAUUGAAGCAAAAGAUAGCAAAUUGAGAUCGGGAAAUUCAUCAAAUGAAAAUUCAUGGUUAGGUUCACUCAUUGCCACGAUAAUUGGCAAUCUCAAAAUUUCCAUCAGCAAUGUUCAUAUCAGAUAUGAGGAUACCGUUAGUAAUCCUGGGCGUCCAUUUUGCUCUGGAAUCACCUUGGCAAAGCUUGCUGCUGUCACAAUGGAUGAGCAGGGAAAUGAGACAUUUGAUACAAGUGGGUUACUGGAUAAGCUUCGUAAGUCCUUGCAACUCGAAAGACUCGCUGUUUAUCAUGAUUCUGAUUGUACACCUUGGAAGCUGGAUAGAAAUUGGGAAGAUCUUAGUCCAAAGGAAUGGAUUGAGAUUUUUGAAGAUGGAAUCAACAAUCUAGAAGUUUCUAAAUGGGCUGCAAAUCGCAUAUACAUGGUAUCUCCAAUUAAUGGGGUGCUUCAGUAUCAUCGCCUGGGAAAGCAAGAAAGGAAAGACCCAAAUAUUCCCUUAGAGAAGGCCUCUCUUGUGUUGAGUGAUGUCUCAUUAACUGUUACUGAGGACCAAUAUUGUGAUUUUAUAAAACUUCUAGAAAUUUUUUCGAGGUAUAAGACAUAUGUGGAGGUUUCCCACUUAAGGCCUGGAGUUCCUGUUUCGAAGGAUCCACAUGCUUGGUGGCGCUAUGCAGCACAGGCUGGUCUGCAACUGAAAAAGAUGUGCUACCGGUUUUCUUGGGAUAGAGUUCGUCAUUUUUGUCAACUCCGUCGAUGUUAUAUUCAACUUUAUGCAAGUUCACUACAACAGGCAGAUGGUACUGUUAGCACACAAUUGAGACAAAUAGAGAGGGACCUUGACUCCAAAGUUAUCCUUCUUUGGAGAUUACUUGCACAUGCUAAGGUUGAGAGUGUGAAAUCCAAGGAAGCAGCUCAAAGUAGGCGUCAGAUGAAAAGAAGCUGGUGGCCUUUUGGGUGGCGCUCUUCUUCUGGAGAUACACCGAUUGUGGAAUAUUCUAAAGAAUCACAUUUACUAGAAGACAGGCUAACUAAAGAAGAAUGGCUCGCAAUUAAUAAAAUUUUAAGUUACCAAUCAGAUGAAGAGAUGAAUUUUCCUUUUGGAAAGGACUCACAGAAUACAAUACAUUUUCUUGUAAAUAUUUCAAUUGGGCAGGCUGCAGCUCGGAUAAUUAAUAUCAGACAAACGGAAAUUAUCUGUGGUAGGUUUGAACAUCUUCAAAUCUGCACCAAGUUUUGUCCUAAAAGCAUCCAGUGUAAUAUAAAGUUGAGAUUCUAUGGAUUAUCAUCUCCGGAAGGCUCAAUUGUGCAGAGUGUAAUCAAUGAGAAAAAGGCUGAUGCUUUAUCUGCAACUUUUGUACACUCACCUCAUGGAGAAAAUGUAGAUUGGCAGCUCUCAGCGACUAUUGCUCCAUGCCAUGUCACGGUCCUGAUGGCAAGUUAUAAUCGCUUUGUAGAUUUUUUAAAUAGGACUCAUGCUGUGAGUCCCACUGUUGCAUCUGAAACUGCCACAGCUUUACAGUUGAAGAUAGAGAAAGUAACUCGGAAAGCUCAAGAGCAGUUUCAGUUUGUAUUAGAAGAACAAAGCAGGUUUGCGCUUGAUAUUGAUUUUGAUGCUCCCAAAUUGAGGAUCCCCCUUGAGACAAAUGAAAAUAUACCAUCAGAUGGGAGUUUUAUUUUAGAUUUUGGUCAUUUCACUUUGCAUUCUAAAAAUCACUUUGAUGAGCAAAGGCAAAGUCUGUAUUCACGUUUUUAUAUAUCGGGUAGAGACAUUGCUGCUUUCUUCGUGACUGGAUUUGAGAGUGCAGAUAAUAGAGAUGUAAAUCUGAACCAAGCAAUUUUUGGAAGUCAAAUCUGUUGCCUUCCUCUUCCUAAGAAUGUUAGUCAGUUCUAUCCACUAAUUGACAGAUGCGGAACAUCAGUGAUUGUUGACCAGAUCAAAGUGCCGCAUCCAAGUUACCCAUCAACCAGAGUUUCAUUUCAAGUACCCAACCUUGGUAUACACUUCUCACCAGCAAGAUAUGGAAGAAUUAUGGAGUUAUUAAGCAUUUUGUAUGGCACUCUUGAAACGAAUGAUUCAGCAGAUACAAAAGACUUCCAAACCUGCCGAGUUUCUUGGCAUCCUGCAGAAUUGUCAGCUGAUGCUCGGAUUCUUGUUUGGAGGUUAAAUCUUGUUCAUUGGGGAGGUGACCUGACUGUAAAAAUGAAGCUGCAUUCUUUGAAAAUCAAAGAUGAGCUUCAAGGCCGUUUCUCAGGAUCUAUAAAGUAUUUAGCAUGUUCCGUAUUGAAAGAUGACACUGUUAAUGCCCACUGUGGCUCACCGAGAGGAGCAGAGUUGUCCAAGCCAAUGUUGGAAGAUGAUGAUAAUUUUAAGGACGCAUUGCCGGAAUUUUCCAUGCCGAAUCUGGGCUUUAACUCACUGAAUAAUCUUGAGAUGCCCUCUAGCGAAUUUUCUGAUCCCAUUGACAUCGCUGGGUGCUGUGGUACAAGUAGUCCCAUGAACAGUUUCAUAUUUCAUGACAGUGGUCAGGUGCGUGGAAAGUAUAUUAGCGGAGAGGUGUUUUAUGAGGCUCAGGACAGUGAUAUAUCUGAUUUUGUGUCUGUUUCCCUUUUGACGAGGCAUCCUGGUUCUCCUAAAUACAGUGGGACAGAUAUGCAGAUGAACAUUCGAAUGUCAAGGUUGGACUUCUUUUGCAAUAGGCCCACACUUGUUGCUCUUAUUGGGUUUGGGUUGGAUUUGAGUAUCUUGAAUGCUGGAUUGGAUUCUGCAAGUGAUGCAAAUGCUACGGUCAGAACUGCUUUUACUGAAUCAACUCAAGAUGCGGAAAGUGUGGAAGCAACUGAGCGUACAUUUGUUAAAGGGUUGCUGGGUUAUGGCAAAGCUCGAGUUGUUUUCUAUUUGAUUAUGGAUGUUGACAGUGUUCGUAUAUUUCUCAACAAGGAGGAUGAUUCACCUCUUGCAAUGUUUGUACAAGAAAGCUUUCGGCUGGAUUUGAAAGUUCAUCCGGGCUCUCUUUCAAUUGAAGGGACCUUGGGUAAUUUGAGACUUUGUGAUAUGUCUCUCGGUCCAGAUCAUUGGUGGGGAUGGCUUUGUGACAUACGUGAUCAGGGAGCUGAGUCACUUAUUAAGUUCACAUUUCAGUCGUACAAUGUUGAAGAUGAUGAUUAUGAUGGAUAUGAGUAUAGCUUGAGUGGACGACUUUCUGCAGUGCGUAUUGUUUUCCUCUACAGAUUUGUUCAGGAGAUAACCUCAUACUUCAUGGAACUCGCCAAUCCACAAACUGAGGAAGCUAUUCGACUUGUGGAUAAAGUUGGUGGUGUGGAAUGGCUGAUUCAGAAAUACGAGAUAGAUGGUGCCACAGCUGUAAAGCUGGACUUGUCACUGGACACACCAAUAAUAAUUGUGCCACGAAAUUCCAAGAGCAAAGAUUUCAUGCAGCUUGAUCUUGGCCAUCUUCAAGUGAGGAACAGUUUCAGUUGGCAUGGAUGCCAGGAGAAAGAUCCUUCUGCAGUUCAUCUUGAUGUUCUUCAUGCGGAGAUUCAGGGUAUUAAUAUGGCUGUCGGAAUCGACGGGGUGCUAGGGAAGCCUAUGAUAAGGCAAGGCCAAGGACUUCAAAUCCAAGUGCGCCGCAGUUUGAGGGAUGUUUUUCGGAAAGUCCCAAUGAUGUCUGUAGAGGUGAAGGUUGGUGUACUACAUGGAGUGAUCAACGAUAAGGAGUAUAGUGUUAUCCUUGAUUGUGCAUAUAUGAAUAUCUCUGAAGAGCCACAGCUCCCUCCAAGCUUCAGGGGCAGCUCAACUGGCCCUAAUGGAUCCAUACGCUUGCUUGUUGAUAAAGUAAAUUUCAACAGUCAAAUCUUUCUAUCUCGUACAGUAACAGUUGUCACUGUUGAAGUUAACUAUGCAUUGCUGGAGUUGUGCAAUGGCAUUGUUGAAGAAUCACCUCUUGCUCAUAUUGCUCUUCAAGGGCUUUGGUUAUCAUACCGCACAACUUCCCUGUCAGAAUCAGAUCUCUAUGUUACUAUUCCGAAAUUUUCUAUUCUGGACAUCCGUCUUGAUAUAAAGCCUGAGAUGCGUUUAAUGCUUGGGUCUUCUUUUGAUGCUGAGAAAUUAGGCAUUUACAAUAUUUCUGGUUCAAUUGGAGAUACAAAGAUGUCAUAUCUUGAUGAUCUUAAUGGAAAGAAGAUCGUAGAGGGUUUUGUUGCAGAUCCUCCCAGUGUAACCAUGCUCUUGUUGGACUACAGAGUCCGUGCACACUCCCAAUCCUUUGUCGUUCGGAUUCAGCAGCCUCGCGUACUAGUUGUUCUAGACUUUCUUCUUGCUGUGGGGGAAUUUUUUGUGCCUGCUUUGGGUUCCAUUACUGGGAGGGAGGAAACUUUGAAUCCUCACAAUGAUCCAAUGAUAAAGAAUGAUCACAUUGUUCUUUCAGCAGCCUAUUAUGAACAGAGAGAUGACAUUGUGUACCUUUCUCAUGACCAACAAUUGAUUGUGGAUGUUUUUGAUAUUGAUGAAUUCACUUAUGAUGGGUGUGGUGGAACAAUAUGUUUGAGAGAAGCUUUUGAUUUAAAAGGAAAUCCAUUGGUUGGCCUGAAUCCCAUUAUCUUCAUCGGAUGUAGGAAGAAGUUGCGGUUUAAGAAUGUGAAAAUUGAGAAUGGUGCUUUACUAUGGAAGUACACAUAUCUGAGUGCUGACAGCAGCUACUCAAUUUCUGCGGAAGAUGGGGUUAGCAUAUCGUUGCUUGAGUCUAUAUCUUCCCUGAAGGAUACAGGUAAUCUAGAAUGUUUGUCUAAAUCAUCGAAUCAUUCGUCAGAUGCACCUAUGGAAACUGGUGGUGGAUUGAGUGAAAUACGAAGUAUCACAUUUGAAGCUCAGAUUGUAUCUCCAGAGUUCAUAUUUUAUGACAGCACAAAACGAUCUUUUGAUGAUGCCUUGCAUGGUGAGAAGCUACUUCGAGCAAAGAUGGACGUGAGUUUUAUGUUUGCUGCAAAAGGGAAAGAUACUUGGGUACGAGCACUUAUUAAAGAUUUGACAAUUGAAGCUGGUUCUGGUCUUGUGAUCCUUGACCCCGUAGAUAUCUCGGGAGGAUAUACUUGUUUGAAAGAUAAGACCAAUAUCUCUGUGGUAUCUUCUGAUAUUUAUAUCCGUCUUUCUUUGAGUGCGAUUUCUCUAGUACUUCACUUGCAAAAUCAGGCAGCUGCAGCACUGCAAUUUGGCAAUGCAAGUCCAGUUGCUUCAUGUACCAACUUUGUUCGAGUUUGGACAUCACGGAAAGGUAAUAGAACUUGGCAAGGUCUGACCAUUUGGAGACCCCAAGCUCCUUCAGGUUAUGUCAUUCUUGGUGACUGUGUGACAUCUGGGCCGACGACUCCUUCUCAAGUUGUGAUGGCUGUGAGUAAUACUUAUGGCCGUGUAAGGAAGCCUAUUAGUUUCCAGCUCCUCGGUUUAUUCUCCAACAUCCAGGGAUUGGAAGAGGAUGCUACCCAGUCAGAGGAUCAGUCAGAUGGUGACAGUGAUUGCUCUCUAUGGAUGCCAAUUGCACCUUUGGGCUACUGUGCUUUAGGAUGCAUAGCUCAAAUUGGCAGCAGACCACCACCAAACCACAUUGUUUAUUGCAUUCGUUCUGAUCUUGUGACGUCUGCAGCCUUUUCAGAUUGCAUUUUGUAUGUCCCCCCAGACCGAAGGUUUUCUUCAGGAUUUAGCAUCUGGCGCCUUGAGAAUUGUCUGGGGUCAUUUUAUGCACAUGCUUCCACUGAAUGCCCUCCGAAAACUGUUCUCUGCGAUUUGCGUGAUAUUUUACGUCGCAGCCCAACCCAGCAAUCAAAUUCGAUCAAUAUUCCCAGCCUAGAUAUUUCCAUGAAAAAUAAUAAUGAUAUACGCGAGGCUGAUCAGGGUGUGACUUCCUAUGGGUGGGAUAUGCUUAGGUCGAUUUCAAAAUCCAGUAGUUACUACAUGUCCACCCCGCAUUUUGAAAGAAUUUGGUGGGAUAAGGGCUCUGAUCAUAGAAAACCUGUUUCGAUAUGGCGACCGCUUCCACGUCCUGGUUUUUCCAUUCUUGGUGAUUGUAUAACUGAAGGAUUGGAACCUCCUACUUUAGGCUUAAUGUUUAAGAACGAUACUAGUGGGCUUUCUGCUAAGCCUGUGCAGUUUACGAGAAUUGCUCAUGUAGUGGGGAAAGGGAUUGAAGAAGCUUUCUUUUGGUACCCCAUCUCUCCUCCUGGUUAUGCUUCUAUGGGUUGCAUAGUGUCAAGGACAGAUGCCAUGCCAUGUGUGGAAUCCCUCUGCUGCCUACGAAUGGAUCUUGUUAAUCAGGCGAACAUUUCUGAUGAAGCCAUUAGUAAGGGUUCUAGUUCUAGGGGUUCCAACAACUGGAGCAUUUGGAAAGUUAAAAAUCAGGCUAGCACAUUCCUUGCAAGAUCUGACCUGAGGAAACCAUCUAGCCGUUUGGCUUAUAGCAUAGCUGAUUGUGUGAAACCCAAGUCUCGACAGAAUAUCAGUGCUGAAAUGAAGUUAAGAUGCUUUUCUUUGACAGUCCUUGAUGGCCUCUAUGGGAUGAUGACACCACUAUUCGACACAACAGUUUCGAAUCUUAACCUUGUGACAACUGGCCGCUUAGAGGCCAUGAAUGCAGUAUUGAUCUCUUCAAUAGCUGCAUCAACAUUCAAUUCUCAAUUGGAAGUAUGGGAGCCUCUUGUUGAACCAUUUGAUGGCAUAUUCAAGUAUGAAUCAUAUGAAAGCGAUAUUCAUAUGCCUUCCAGAGUUGGAAAACGAGUGCGGAUUGCUGCAACAAGCACUGUGAAUCUUAAUAUCACUGCUGCUAAUCUUGAAACUUGUGUGGGGUCUGUAGUUUCUUGGAGAAGACAAGUUGAGUUAGAGGAAAAGUUGAUGAAAGCCACUGAGGAAGCAGAUAAUGGUCGAGGACAGUUAGAUGGUUCAACUUGUUUUGCAUUGGAAGAAGAUGAUUUUCGGAAAGUAAUUAUAGAGAAUAAGCUUGGAUGUGAUAUUUAUGUUAAAAAAUAUGUUCAAAACUCUAAGGAAAUUGAAUCAUUAAAGCAUGAAGAGAGUACAUCAGCUUGGCUACCACCACCCAGGUUCUCAGAUAGGUUUAAUUUUGCGACAGAGAUGAGGGAAAACCACCACUAUGUGACAGUGCAUAUCCUUGAGUCUAAGGGCUUGACUUUAUUGGAUGAUGGUAAUAAACAUGACUUCUUCUGUGCUUUACGCUUGGUGUCUGCUAGUCAAGCUAUGGAUCAGCAAAAGCUAUUUCCUCAGAGCGCUAGAACUCGAUGUGUCAAGCCUCUAAUCUCAGAGAACAAGAGUGAACUCCAAGGAACUGUUAGGUGGAAUGAACUAUUCAUCUUUGAAGUUCCUCGAAAGGGACCAGCAAAUUUAGAGUUAGAAGUCACAAAUCUUGCUUCAAAGGCAGGGAAGGGAGAAGUUAUUGGUGCAUUCUCCAUUCAAAUAGGAACCUCUACCAUAAAGAAGCUAUCUGCAGUAGGGAUAAUGCACCAAGGUUCUAUGAGGGAACAUUUUGUUUCAUACUCGCUGAGAAGAAAGGUUCAGUUGAGUUCUGAUGCAGAAAUGCAGGAAUGUGGAUCUCUGCUGAUUUCCAUUUCCUACUAUGAAAGAGAAACUCUGGGGAACUUCCAGAGGGAUCUUGUAGCCUUAAAUUCCUCAGAGAGAGAUUGUGGUUUCUGGAUCGGGCUUUCCCCUGAGGGACCAUGGACAAUCUUUCGCUCAUUGUUGCCCUUGUCAACCAUCCCUAAAACCCUUAAUGAGGAUUUUGCUGUAGAAAUUGUCAUGAAGAAGGGCAGGAAACAUGCAGUACUGAGAAGUCUUGCAGCAGUUUUUAAUGAUACAGAUCGUAAGUUGGAACUUUGUAUAUGCCCUGCAUCAAUUGUUGAGAACCAUAGUUCAGGUCCAAGCUCUAAUAUUAGUGGGCAUAGUGCUGUAACUGAAGAAAUAUUUGAAAACCAACGUUAUCAGCCACUUUCUGGCUGGGGCAACAAGUGGCCUGGUUUCCUUACUAAUGAUCCUGCGCAUUGGAGUAAUAGGGAUUUUUCAUACUCUUCUAAGGACUUCUUUGAGCCAUCAUUACUACCCCCUGGUUGGCAAUGGACUUCUCCCUGGGUGAUUGAUAAGCGCCAGUUUGUUGAUGCUGAUGGCUGGGCAUAUGGAUCAGAUUUUCAGAGCCUUAUCAAAUGGCCUCCACUUUCUUCAAAAUCAGGCAAAAGAUCAACAUUGGACUUUGUACGCCGAAGGCGUUGGGUACGUACCAGGACACGUUUGAGUGACCAAGGCUUAGCCAGCUCAAGGGAGGUUCUCCCCUUCUUAAGGCCAGGAUCCUCACUCCUAUUACCUUGGAAAAGUAUGACAAGGGUCACAGAUUUUUGCUUGCAAGUUCGUCCUUAUGUUGAAGCUUCUCAAUCUCCACACUCCUGGGGCCGCACAGUUACAAUUGGCUCUAGCUAUGCAUCUGGAGGUGAUCAGUACCUCCUAGGUGAUGAGGGUUCAUCUUCUAGCAAGAACUCCGGGCAGUCCAUUAGGAAUUCAACAUCUACUUCAUACUUCAAGCUAAACCAGCUUGAGAAGAAGGAUCUACUUUUGUCUAGUAUCGCUUAUAAUGAUGCUAACCAGCUUCUCUGGUUUAGUGUUGGGUCGGAUGCGUCGGUCAUUCACACUGAGCUCAAGUCUCCAGUUUAUGAUUGGAGAAUAACUGUCAGUGCACCCUUAAAAAUAGAUAAUAGACUUCCUUGUGAUGCAGAAUAUGCCAUCUGGGAGAAAACAAAGGAAGGGAAUAGAAUUGAGCGGCACCAUGGGCUUGUUUCUUCUGGAAACAGUUCAUUUGUUUAUUCAGUUGAUGUCCAAAAAGCAAUAUACAUAACUUGGUUUGCUCAAGGUGGUUGGGUCCUCGAGAAGGAGGCUGUACUUAUAUGGGAUCCUAUAUCUUUUGACCAUGUCUCUUCUUUCUGGAUGGUUCACCGCAGCAAUCGGAGAUUGCGUGUGAGCAUUGAACGUGAUUUGGGAGGAAGCACUGCUGCUCCUAAAACAAUGAGAUUCUUUGUUCCAUACUGGAUUAGGAACGAUUCAUAUUUGCCAUUGUCAUAUCAUCUUGUGGAACUUGAAUAUCUGGAUGCAGAUGACACUGAUUUUCUUCUGCUGUCCAAAGCUGUGAAAUCUGCGAAAUCAGCCAUGAAACAACCUCCCAAUUCUGUCGGAGCAAAGAAGUCUAGCUCAAGAAGAAAUGUUCGAACACUUGAAGUUAUUGAGGAAUCAAGUUCAACUCAAGUAAUGUUAUCUCCAUUGGAUUAUAUCAACCACAGUGCGAUUUUGCCUUUCCCAGCUCGAAACGAAUCAUUUCUUUCGCCAAAAUUGGGUGUUGCUGUUUCUUGUCAUCAAUGUAAUUAUUAUGGUCCCGGCAUUUCUCUUCUUGAGCUUGAAAACAAGGAACGUAUAGAUGUUAAGGCCUACUCUUCAUCUGGCGCAUAUUACAAGCUUUCUGCUGUCUUAAGCAUGGCAUCAGACAGAACCAAGGUCAUUCAUUUCCAGCCUCAGACAGUAUUUAUCAACCGGCUUGGGUGCAGGUUAGCAUUGCAGCAAUGUGAUUUCCAACUGGUGGAAUGGAUUCAUCCCAAUGAUCCUCCAAAAGCAUUUCAAUGGCAAUCUACUUCUAGGAAUGAACUGUUGCAGCUAUGUAUGGAUGGAUACAAAUGGAGCACACCAUUCAGUGUGGAGAUUGAAGGUAUGAUGUCUGUUUUAUUGAAGAACGAGAUGGGAAAUAGCCAUAUUUUUAUAAAAGUGGAAGUACGGAAUGGGAUGAAAAAAUCACGAUAUCAAGUUAUUUUUCAUCCAGCUUCAUUCUCAAGCCCUUACAGGAUUGAAAAUAGAUCUUUAUAUUUGCCAAUACGCUUUCGACAAGUAGAUGGAACUGAUGAAUCCUGGCGUUUCCUUUCCAAUAAUGCCGCUACUUCAUUUUUCUGGGAAGACCUUGGGAGACCGCGACUCUUGGAAGUUCUGGUAGAUGGUUCCGAUCCAUUAAAAUCGGAUAAGUAUAAUAUUGAUGAAAACAAUGACCACCAGCCCAUGCAUAUCUCUGGAGGACCUUUGAAAGCUUUGCGUCUUACAGUUCUGAAGGAAGGGCUGACUCAAGUUGUUAAAAUUGGUGACUGGAUGCCAAGCAAUGAUAAUUUGGCAAUUGUACCCAGAAAUAUCCCGGGACAUCUGUCUGCUCCAUCUGAAAGUGUUUCUAAGCAGACAUCUUCAGAGUCUGAUUGUGAAUUCCAUGUUAUUGUCGAGCUUGCAGAGCUAGGACUGUCUCUUAUUGAUCAUACACCUGAGGAGAUUCUCUAUAUGUCAGUCCAGAAUCUGCAGUCGUCAUAUUCGACAGGCAUGGGUUCCAAAACUAGUAGAUUCAAGUUAAGAAUGGCUGGAAUCCAAGUUGAUAACCAGCUGCUGUUAAGCCCAAUGCCUGUACUGUUUAGACCUCAGAGAACUGGAGACCAACUUGAGCACAUAUUAAAGCUAUCAAUGACCAUGCAAUCUGACAACUCUGCUGAUUUUUACGCAUACCCAUAUAUUGGUUUCCAGGGUCCACCAAAUGUAGCAUUCUUGGCGAAUAUUCAUGAACCAAUAAUUUGGCGUCUUCAUGAGAUGGUCCAACAUGUGAACCUUAGCAGGAUAUCGUCAAAUCAAACAACUGCUGUACCAGUUGAUCCAAUCAUACACAUUGGGGUGUUCAACAUGUCGGAAAUUCGGUUCAAAGUAUCAAUGGCUAUGUCUCCGAGUCAACGACCAAGGGGUGUCCUUGGAUUUUGGUCAUCCUUGAUGACUGCGCUGGGAAACACAGAGAACAUGCCGAUUCGAAUCAAUCCUCGUUUUCAUGAAGAUAUAUGUAUGCGUCAAAGUGCACUUGAGAGCACAGCUAUGUCAAAUAUUCAGAAGGAUCUUCUCAGUCAGCCUCUUCAACUUCUCUCUGGUGUAGACAUACUUGGAAAUGCCAGCAGUGCACUUGGACACAUGAGCAAAGGUGUUGCAGCUCUUUCAAUGGAUAAGAAAUUCAUUCAGAGUCGUCAAAGACAGGAAGGGAAAGGAUCUGUGGAGGACAUUGGUGAUUUUAUCAGAGAAGGUGGUGGAGCUCUGGCAAAGGGUCUUUUCAGAGGAGUCACUGGGAUUUUGACAAAGCCACUUGAAGGUGCAAAAUCUUCUGGUGUUGAGGGAUUUGUCCAGGGUGUUGGGAAAGGGAUAAUAGGAGCAGCAGCACAGCCUGUGAGUGGUGUACUUGAUCUGUUAUCGAAAACAACUGAAGGUGCAAAUGCUGUAAGAAUGAAGAUAGCAUCUGCUAUUACAUCAGAUGAGCAGCUACUUCGUCGACGUCUGCCGCGUGUAAUUGGGGCUGACAAUGUGCUUCAUCCAUAUGAUGAGUACAAAGCACAGGGACAGGUUCUGCUGCAGCUUGCUGAGUCGGGAAUGUUUGGUCAAGUGGACCUGUUUAAGGUCCGUGGAAAGUUUGCUUUAUCAGAUGCAUAUGAAGACCAUUUUAUCCUUCCAAAAGGAAAAAUUCUUGUAAUUACUCAUCGGAGAGUUAUACUCUUACAACAACCUACAAACAUCUUGGCUCAAAAGAAAUUCAAUCCUGUAAGGGAUCCAUGUUUGGUGCUGUGGGAUGUGUCAUGGGAUGACCUUGUAACAAUGGUGCUCACAACAGGAAAGAAAGAUGAUCAAAACUCAUCACCGUCCCACCUCGUUCUGUACUUGCGCAAUAAAUUGAUGGACUCAAAGGAAAAUAUCCGUGUCAUAAAGUGCAACAAUGAGUCCAAGCAAGCAGCCGAAAUAUACAUGGCCAUUGAGCAAGCAAUGAACACUUAUGGGCCAAAUCAUUCCGAGGAAGUGCAGAAGAGAAAGGUCAGGAAACCAUAUACACCAGGUUCAGGUAGUUCAGGAUCAGAAGCAGGCUUGAAAGAAGUGUUCGGAAUUUGGAAUGGCCAGGAAGCACCAGCAGCAGUUCCUCUCAGUUUUGGUACAUUGGGGAUGGCUGUGGACAAACAGGGUCCUCGUGAACAGGAGGGUUAAUGUCUCAAAGCUUCACUAUGAAGUGAAAUCUCUACAGGCUUUUCAUUGCAUUUCCUACUGGAAAUUUGAUCGUGACAAGUAAUGCCAAGUUACCAACAUAAUCUUGUGUUAUUUCAGAUCUUCUGAUGGACCCACAUUUGCUUAGUACUUCACACAAUUGUUGGAACAUAUUCAGAAAAUGUUGAAGGCCUGCUCAACGACAAGAUCUCCUUCAAAGGGUUCAUACGCAGGUAUGCAAAUUGAUUGAUUCAUCGCUCACCGUUAAAACUAGCAUGUUUUGUAAAUUAGAAAUUGUUCUUUACUGUCAGCUCUACAUGUAAAGUGUAAAUAUUUAUUGAACCUUUCGAGGCUAGGCUACUCAUUUAUUGUCAAUUCAAACGGGUCCAUUUUGAUUAUUCUUCAUGCACAUGGUUGCUUUUUGCCCCACAACAUAUGCAUGAGAUAAUGAUUUUGUGGCUUCUUAGUGCUGAGCUCAUUAUGUUCA